GUAAGGAAGAUGGAGGAACCGCGGUUUGGAAGGAGCGCUUUUCAGGGUCUCCGGUUCGAGUCGCGAUGACGGAGAACUGCGGUCCGGACGAGUGAAAACAUCGGGGCUUCAGCGGAGGCUGCGGAUUUCCCAUCGACUGCAGCGAAAGAGUCGAGUUCGCGCGGUUUUGGACGCCGAUCGGAUCAUUCACAAUGAACCCGUGCUGGAGGGAGAUGAAGCAGCUGCAGAAAGCCAAGUUGAAGGCGCAGAGCAGCAGCAACCUGAAGGAAGAAGCAAGUCUGUGCAACCAGCUGGGAGAGGUUCUGGCCCGCAGCGGUGAUUAUGAGGCUGCCAUUGAGGAGCAUCGGCAAGAGCUGGCCCUGUCAGAGGUGCUACGCGAUGUGAUCGGCAGCGCCGUGGCCAAUCGGAAGAUCGGGGAAUGCUACGCGGAGCUCGGCAACAUCGAGGCGGCUCUCAAGUACCAGCAGCGCCACCUGGACCUGGCCCGCUCGGUCGGAGACGCCGCCGAAGAGCAGAGGGCCCUGGCCACCAUUGGCCGCACCUUCCUCUUCCGCUACGAGUCGGACCAAUCGCAGGAGAGCCUGCGGCAGGCGGAGAACGCCUUCAAGAAGAGCCUGGCCAUCGUGGACGAACGUCUGGAAGGUGCGGUGCCGGCCCGGGAGCUCAGCGAAAUGCGGGCGCGCCUCUUCCUCAACUUGGGCUUUGUGUGCGACGGCUUGAAAGAGCCACAGCGCUGCAGCGACUUCAUCCGGAGAAGCAUCUUCAUCGCAGAGAGGAACCACCUGGUGGAGGACCUGUAUCGCGCCAACUUCAACCUGGGCAGCAUCCACUUCCGCAACGGGCAGCACUCGCGGGCGGUGCGCUGUCUCGAACAGGCCAAGGAGUGUGCACGCAAGAUGAAGGACAAGUUUGCUGAGAGCGAGUGCUAUAGCAGCAUCGGCCAGGUGCUGCUCUCCUUGGGGGACUUUGUUGCUGCCCGGCGCUCCCUGAAGAAGGCCUUCAUACUGGGUUCGCAGCAGGCGGCCGACCGCGAGGUCGUGAAGAGGGCGCUGAAACAUGCGAUCCGGGGCUGCCAGCUGGAGCAGGCGGUGGCGGAGCUUGGUGAGGGCCACCUUCAGGAGGCGGUGGGACUGGCUGAGCAGCUGGGAGACCUGUACUGUAAGGUGGGCUGCUACAGCAAGGCGCUGGAGGCCUACAACUCCCAGCUGUCAAGUGCGGUGACCCUGGGGAAGCCAGCCCGGGAGCUCGCUGUGAUCCAUGUGUCCCUGGCUGCCACCUACACCGACCUACGCCUGUACCACAAAGCUGUAGAGCACUACCGGGAGGAGCUGGCACUGCGGGAGGGCAACUCCAAGGAGGAGUGCGAGUCCUGGCUCAAUGUCGCUGCCUGUAUGGAAGACGGUGGGAAGUCCGCAGAAGAGGUGGACGGCUGCUACACGUCGGCUCUGCGCUGUGCCGAGACAGCUGGACUCCUCGCUCUGCAGCGACGGGUUCUGAAGGCGUGGCUCUCGGCCCAGAGGCGGUUGGGCUCCACCCAGUGUGACGUUACGGAGGCCCGUCUCCAGGAACUUGGAGCCGUGCAGGGGGGCGACGGUGGCGAGAGUGAUGUAGAGGAGGAGAACCAGGAAGAGAACAGCGAGCCGCUGGAGGACAGCGACAUCCCGCUUUCCGACUCGGAUGAAGACCUGGAGGAGUACGAAAAGCUGGUUCCGGGCCGGAGGAAGACUGCUCGGUGGAACAAGAGGAAUGAGAAGGGCGAGACGUGCCUACAUCGGGCCUGCAUUGAGGGCAACGUGAAACAGGUCCAGUACCUGUUGGAGCAGGGUCACCCGUUGAACCCCAGGGAUUACUGUGGCUGGACUCCACUCCAUGAGGCCUGUAACCACGGACACCACGAAAUUGUAGCCCUGCUGCUGGACCGCGGGGCGAACAUCAACGACCCAGGGGGUCCCCUGUGUGAGGGCGUCACCCCCCUGCAUGAUGCCCUCAGCUGCGGGCACUUCCAGGUGGCGCGGCUCCUGGUGGAGAGGGGCGCUUCUGUCACGCUCAGGAAUUCUAAGGGAGAGAUGCCCCUCGACUGCCUGCGCUCCUGGCUCAGGAUGUACAACCGGGAGCUGGACCAGGAGACGCAGCAGGAGAGCGCUCAGACUGAGAGACUGUUGAAGAAGGCCGCUUCCUGCACUGGCUUUGCUGCUCUGCCGGCUACGAAGCCCUUUGACUCGCUGCAGGACAGCCAACUUUUCGAUGCAGAGAAUUCAGAGCCACUGGUCUCCACUGGGGAGCGCUGCUCCUUGGAUCGAGGCCUACAGCAGAACAAGAGCACGAUGAUGAAGAGCGUAUUGUCGAGUCCCUCACAGAGGCGCCCCGUUGGCAGGGGUCAUCGGCAGCGAGGGACCGAGGAGGCAGUUCUCUUUGGGGACAGCAGUUCCUCAGACCAGAGCGACUCCGAUGACCCCAUCAGCCCUUUACGCCCCGUCCGGCCCCGCCUUCGAUUCCCACAACCCCCCUCUCCCCCGGCCCCUGUUCCGACCCAGGAUCCCUGUGCUACAGCCUUCCAUCAGGCUGCUCCGCCUCCUGUGUGUGGGUCUGAGGACUACCAGAGGACAAUUCGCAGCUUGGGCAGCGCUAAGUCCCGCCUCCUCACUCAGGACCUAUCAGAGCCAGAGUUUACUAGCACACCGGCAGUGUCAGCCAAUAGCAGGUCGGCCCUGGUGCCGGAGGAUGAGUAUCUGGAAGACGACUGGCUGGAGGACGACCUGGGUGAAGUGCAGCCCAAAAAGAGGCGGAGGGUAAGUGUGGAACAUGACAGGAGACGGGAGAAGAGUUCAGCGUCAUCGGUGAGAAGUGAGGGUCACCGCGCGGCUUCCUCGCACUCCUCUGCCAGAGGCUCCUCCGUGCCCACUGGGGGGCGCUCUCUCGAAAAGGGCAGCCAAAAGUCCCGGCAGGUGAAGAUGACCCAGCUGUCUGGGAUGGUACUGCUGGGCAGGAGGGAGGUGGGCUGCUCGCAGAGCCCUGCGGAGGAGGAGCCCCCAUCGAGCGCAGUCCAGCCUCAGGGUCCAACGGCGAGCGCAUCCACCGCCAUACCGGCUCCAAUCAGGAUGAGGGUCCGAGUUCAAGACAACGUCUUCCUAAUUCCUGUUCCGCACAGUGAAGCCGACUCCUGCACCGUCUCCUGGCUCUGUGAGCAGGCUGCCCAGCGCUACUACCAGGCCUGUGGCCUCCUGCCUCGCCUCUCCCUGCAGAAGGAGGGCGCUCUGCUCUCCCCCCAUGACCUGCUGCUGGCUGUCCUGCAGACCAAUGAGGAGGUCCUGGCUGAGGUGACCUCCUGGGACCUCCCUCCACUGCCUGAACGCUACAGGAAAGCCUGUCAGAGUCUCUCUGUGGCUGAGAACAGGCUGGUGUCCAGGCUGUGUGAGGCCCAGGACGGCAGCCCCUCGGUGUCGGUGUGUGGGCUCAGCCUGCCCCCCGCUGGCCUCCGCUCACUGCUGCGCGCCCUCAAGCUGCAGCCAGGGCUGACGGAGCUCCGCCUCUCUGGAAACCGCCUCCGUGAUGACCUCAUGCCUGAGCUCAUCUCUGCAGUGAGCACCAUGCCUAGGCUCCGCCUUCUAGAUGUGUCAGCCAAUUGCAUCACAGGGGAGGGGCUUAAGAAGGCUGCCGCAAAACUGGAGGAUCUGGGUCAGUCAGCAUUUCCAUGUCUGGAGGAGCUGGACCUGAGUGCGAACCCCCUGGGCGACUCGCUGUCGCAGCCCCUGUCCUCCCUGCUGUCCUGCUGCCCCCUGCUGAGCUCACUGUCCCUGCAGGCGUGUGGUCUCUCCGGCCGCUUCCUGCAGCAGCACCGACUCCUGCUGGCCAGCGCCCUCUCAGCCACAGGGCACCUGAGGUCUGUCUGCCUGUCCCACAAUCCACUGGGCUCCACAGGCCUGGAGCUGGUGCUGAAGAGCCUCCCGCUGCAGUGCCUCACUCACCUCUACCUGUCUGCCGUGUUGAGCAGGCCGGGUGACCCCCUGGGCGUGGACCACCUCAGUAUGCACCUGUCUCAGGAGGACUGCUCCGUGACACACCUCAGCUUUGCUGCCAAUGGACUGACAGACAGUGACAUCUCCUGCUUGUCCAGGUGCCUGGUCCUCAGCCGUUCUCUGACCUCCCUGGACUUGUCAGGGAACCCUGGUGUGACGACGGCUGGACUGGGAUCCCUUGUGGCAGCCUUGCAGGAGACACGGCGACCUCUGACCCUCCUCAACCUGCAGGGGUGUGCGGUGGGCGGGCCCUGGGACGGCGUGGACAUGGACAGCCUGUCCUGCUCUGUGCGAGACCUUCGCCUCUGUUCCCAGCGUCUCAACAAGCUGGACCAGCGGACAGUACUGCAGAGCUGGCGGGGCAGAGAGGCGACCGUUCUCAGCCGCAGCGCCAAGUGCUUCGUCAGGGUCUCCUCACUGCCGUGAGGUUCGAUCCCAUCCCCCACUGCACCGGACCUCUUCUUUGAAGGAGGAAGGAAUGCAUGAAUGCCAUACUUCUGGAAAUCAUUAUCCACAGUGUGCGUGCAUGCACACACCUCUGUACUGGUCUGUAAAGUCCACACAACCGAUCUCCUGUCCUGGUCCCUUUCUUUCCGACUCCUAGGCAGGGCAUCGGCAGCAGGUUCUCAGCCCAGUUACUGUGACCACACACUGUAUCACACCACUUCCUAAGUGUUCACUUUAUCUGUGUCAGCUGGAGUGCUGACCGGUGCUGUUGUUUUUCACUCAAUCAACAAGGCUGAGAAAAUCAGUGUUUAAACAUGACCCCCAACCUCUGUCCUCAGUGAGGUCAUUGGCUGUUGGCUGAAGUCACAUCCAAUUUAUUUACUAAACCCCAGUUUUUUAACCUUCAUUUGCUGCUUUAUUUUUAUAAAUGCUCAAAAAAAAGGCUGAUUUAUAUUUCAAAUUUAGCAUUUGCCUGAAUAAAGUUGCGGAAUACAUUUGUGAAGCAGGUGGGCUUUACAUGCAGCCCAGCACAGUUGUAAAGUCAAUUUUGUUAAUGUGUGUGAGACAAACACAAGGAAAUGUGUGUGAGAGAGGGAUGUACACAUUGUGAGAUCCUUUGUCAUUUUGUCCUGCAGUUGAGUGCCAGUGAGAACCUGUUUUCAACAACGCUCAUUUUAUGCUGUUUUAUUCAUGUAGAAGAAAUCUGAGGUGUAGUAAAAAAUACACCAAACAAAAGUGCAGCAGAAAUGUGGAUUUGAUCUGGCAUCUGCACUUUCUGUCUGGUCAUUAAUAAUAAAUAACUAUAUACCACCUCAAUGGUGCUGCUGUGGAAAAACUCAAGAGUUGUGUGCUCAUCCUGACCUUUUUGCUUCUGUUUGUUUCCGAACUAUUUGUAAACUCACUAACGUCUCUUGGAGAAUAUUGUACGUUAAACCUUUUCACAGUGACACACAGAAAUAUCAAAAUGUUUACAUUUUUAAUGCACUUUUUUAUUGCAGCAUGAAAACAAGGCAUUACCAAUAGACUAAUAGGUUGUUAGCAGUAAUAGAUUAUUAACAAGCAACACAAUGAGUUGACGGCAAAAGCAGCUUAUUGUUAGUCUGCUUUUUGAAUUAUACUUUGCAGUUAAGCAUCGUCAGUAGGUGAAGCCCUGAAAUUACUCCUCCAGCCCAGUCUCUUAUCUUGCUCAGGUCUAAAAUGAUGUAUUAAAGUGUUUUUUUGGACUA